CAAAGCACGACCACUUCCGUGGCCACUUCGUAUAGAAUCAAUGUUAUACGCCUCAUGUUAUGUUAUGGCACUCCCUAACACAGCUAAAUAUUCUUCCUUGGUUUCAUUUUUUUUCCUUUCUCUUUCUGCAACUGCAACUUGAAUAGGCAGGCUAUUUUAACCAGCAUGGCCAGGCUCACGCUGAGACCAGACAAUUCCUGCUUCUUUUCACACAUUCAAAGAGCUUACUCACACACCCCUUUUACCAGAACUACCUCGUUUCAACGUUUUCACUUUCAUCUCUCACCAUCCAACCACACCCUCAGGCUCAGAAUAGUUUCUAGCUCUCAGCAAAAUGCCAAAGAAACCCAGAGAGUGUCCAUGGCCAAGGCAAAGGCCAAGGUUCUCACGGACCUUCAAGUGGAAGAGAUGGAGAAGCAGCAUGAGACCUUGUCUUGGAACUGGCCACCUUGGAAGAAUCUUCCCCAAAGAUACAAGCUCAUCGGCACCACUUCAUUGGCCUUUGUUAUUUGUAACAUGGAUAAGGUGAACUUGAGUAUUGCCAUAAUUCCAAUGUCUCAUCAAUUUGGGUGGAACUCAACAACGGCAGGAUUGGUUCAGUCCUCCUUCUUCUGGGGCUAUGCAUUGAGUCAAUUGCCUGGGGGUUGGCUAGCCAAAAUAUUUGGUGGCGGAACUGUUCUUGAGGUUGGAGUAUUGAUAUGGUCAGUGGCUACAGCUUUUGUUCCUUUUAUUUCUGGAUAUAUGCCUGGCUUACUAUUGUCAAGGGUUUUGGUUGGGAUAGGAGAAGGUGUUUCACCAUCUGCUGCUACUGAUCUCAUUGCCAGGUCAAUACCAUUGGAAGAGCGCUCACGGGCAGUAGCAUUUGUUUUUGGUGGUUUGAGUGUUGGAAGUGUUAUGGGGCUUCUUUUGGCUCCUCCCCUUAUCCAAAAUCUUGGUUGGGAAUCCGUAUUCUAUAUAUUUGGACUCUUGGGGAUUGCUUGGUUUUUAGGGUUUCAAGUUCUUGAAGGAGGUGAAACACAAUUAAAUGCAGAAUCUCUUUCAUCAGAUCAAGAUACCAUGACACAAUCAUGGAAAACUUCUCUGAGAGAACUGAAUGGCUCUUUGAAGGAAGUACCAUGGAAGGCCUUUUUCCAAAAUCGUGCUGUGUGGGCUAUGAUAUAUGCUCAUUUCUGUGGUAGUUGGGGUCACUAUAACUGUCUAUCAUGGCUUCCCACAUUUUUUAGUGAGGAGCUGAAUCUAAAUCUGACUGAAGCUGCAUGGGUGUCUAUUCUUCCGCCUCUGGCUUCAAUAUUUGUGACUGGUCUUGCAGCACAAUUAGCUGACAACUUGAUUUCAAGAGGAGUUGAAGCCACUGUGGUUCGAAAGAUCUGCCAAUCAAUUGCAUUUUUGUCCCCUGCAAUCUGCAUGACUCUUUCCUCGCUGGAUCUAGGGCUACCGCCUUGGGAGAUUGUGGGGAUUCUCACAAGUGGUUUAGCCCUCUCAAGCUUUGCCUUAUCAGGACUCUAUUGUACCCAUCAAGACAUGUCGCCAGAAUAUGCAAGUAUACUUCUGGGUAUAACUAAUACUGUUGGGGCUGUUCCUGGAAUAGUGGGUGUAGCCCUCACUGGUUAUCUUCUUGAUUCAACUCAUUCAUGGAGUAUAUCACUAUUUGCGCCAUCGAUCUUCUUCUAUGUGACUGGUACCAUCGUAUGGUUGGCGUUCGCCAGCAGUAAGCCUCAAAGUUUUUCUGAGCUAAACUGAUUCAAGUUCCAAUCAUUCAUUAUUCUGAGCAUAGCCUAGAAACUUAAGAAACCUUCAUGCGAAGCAGAAUUUUGACACGGGGGUAUAAUGGUAUAUCCGCUUGAUAUAUGCAUAUCAGAUAAUUUAAGUACAAAGAAAUGAUAGUAUAGGCACAUUACUGUAUGUAUUCUUAUUUUUUUGAACUGUAGCUUAUUAGUAUAUUGCAGUGUUGUAUAUUUUUAACAGAUUAAUGUAUGGUGGUUGGUCACCAAAAAAUGUAUUGACGUGUUUAAAUCCUUGAAAGUCAAGAAUCAGUUUUCCUCCACCAACUGUUGGUGCUCUGCUGGUCCUUCUGUUGCAAGUUUCAACCAGAAAGUGACCGUUUCAAUAAUCUUACAUUUUAAGGCA